CACACACACAUUUCCAAUUUUCUAAAGCUACCUCUCACCAUGGCCACUCUUUCUUGCCGACCUUCCGAUUUGGCGCCACUCCUCGGCUCCACAGCCACCACAAAUUCCACCGCCAUAGCCGAGUUCCUAUGCUCAAGAUUCACCACCAUAGCCACAACUUUCAACUCCACCACCUACGCCGUCGACAACACCUACCUCCUCUUCUCCGCCUACCUCGUCUUCGCCAUGCAGCUCGGCUUCGCCAUGCUUUGCGCUGGCUCGGUCCGUGCCAAAAACACCAUGAACAUCAUGCUCACCAACGUCCUCGAUGCCGCCGCCGGUGGCCUCUCAUACUACCUCUUUGGCUUUGCCUUUGCCUUUGGUGCCCCCUCCAACUCCUUCAUCGGCCGCCACUUUUUUGACCUCUCCGAUAUCCCCAACCCCUCCACUGAUUAUAGCUUCUUUCUCUAUCAAUGGGCCUUUGCUAUUGCUGCUGCAGGCAUAACCAGUGGCUCCAUAGCUGAGCGAACUCAAUUCGUCGCCUACCUCAUCUACUCCACUAUUCUAACCGGCUUUAUCUACCCUAUAGUCUCUCACUGGUUCUGGUCUGCUGACGGUUGGGCCAGCCCAACCCGACCCAGUAACCUCCUAUUCAACUCAGGUGCAAUCGACUUCGCCGGGUCAGGUGUGGUCCACAUGGUUGGUGGCAUAGCUGGUCUCUGGGGAGCUUUAAUCGAAGGCCCACGAAUCGGUCGGUUUGACCGAUCGGGUCGAUCCGUCGCCCUACGUGGUCAUAGUGCAUCACUCGUAGUCCUUGGCUCCUUCCUCCUUUGGUUUGGCUGGUACGGAUUUAACCCCGGCUCAUUCCUAACAAUCUCCAAAUCCUACAAUGACGGUCGUCCUUACUACGGACAAUGGAGUGCCAUAGGUCGAACUGGAGUCACCACAACACUAGCUGGAUGCACAGCUGCCUUAACAACCCUCUUUGCAAAGCGCUUAUUAGUUGGGCACUGGAAUGUAAUUGAUGUGUGCAACGGUCUCUUAGGCGGGUUUGCCGCCAUCACAUCCGGUUGCGCCGUUGUGGAGCCAUGGGCCGCAGUGAUAUGUGGAUUCGUAGCAUCGUGGGUGUUAAUUGGGUUAAACAAGCUAGCCGAGAGGGUUAGCUAUGACGACCCAUUAGAGGCAGCACAAUUGCACGGUGGGUGUGGGGCGUGGGGUUUGAUAUUCACUGGACUAUUUGCGACAAAGAAAUAUGUGGGGGAAGUAUAUCAAGCUGGGCGACCGUACGGAUUGUUGAUGGGUGGCGGACGGAAGCUACUGGCAGCACAGGUGGUGGAGAUAGUUGCGAUUGUCGGGUGGGUGUCUGUGACAAUGGGGGGCUUGUUUUAUGGGCUAAACAAAGCGAAACUAUUGAGAAUAUCAAGGGAAGAUGAAAUGGCAGGGAUGGAUUUAACGAGACAUGGGGGGUUUGCUUAUGUAUAUAAUGACGAGGAAGAUCUAUCAGAGAAGCCGUCUGGCUUCAUGAUGAGAAGGAUUGAGCCUACGGAUGCUAGUUCUCCUGAGGAGCAUACUUCUUCUGGGAUGGGGGCUGUUUGAUAAAGAUUUCAAAUCUAGAGUUAAUGUGUUUGUCGUAGUUUAGUUGAAACCUCAAGUGUUAACUAUUUGUCUCAUACUUGUUAGUUGAUGUAGAAGUAUUCAAAAGAACAAUAUUAGAUUAUAAAUAUACGUUUUGAUUCCUUUCUGAAGUUAAA